AUGACACGCAAGACGCCCCGAACGAGUCUGCAACACUCUUUGACAGACAAUCGAGACGUAGAAGAUACAUCUGAACAGCCCACAACGACUCGCAGAGAGCUCUGGUCUUACUAUCUAUACUACAAUGGCGACAACGGAGUUGGUCCUGGCUCUUACACACAGACACUGUUUCAAUGGGCAUUAAAUGGUGCAGGCUGGCAACCAGGCACGAAUCCACGCCAGCCAUGCACAGAUAAUUCGCCUUGUGUAGUUCCAUGGGCAGGGGGAACGCGAUCUGUUGCCUCUGUCGUUUUGAUCGCCAACGGGCUGAGCUUCACGUUCAUGACAAUAACAUUCGUUUGGCUCGGAAGCGCAGCGGAUUACGGCUCCUUUGGUCGCUGGCUGCUUCUAGUCCUGACCGUGAUCUGCUGGGCGAUGCAGUACGGUAUGAUGUCUGUCCGACACCCUAGUCAAUGGCCGACAGCAAUGGGCCUGUACGUGAUAUCCUACGUCGCAUACGGCGCAACUCUGGUCUUCUACGCCGCUGUGUUUCCCAGGCUUGCGCGCCAUAUGCCACAUGUCCAACAGGCUCGCCAGGACCUGAAAGAAGAGAAGAUCAACCAACGGGAGUACGAUGCUGUUGAGUCGCUGGAACGAAACCACAUCAGUAAUGUUUCCACCGCACACAGUAACAUCGGAUAUUUGGCAGUAUUAGUCCUGAACCUGAGCGUACUACUACCGCUGCAAAACCACUCCUUCUCCAACAAUCUCGCUCUUUGUUUGACAAACUCAUACUGGGUGUUCCUAGGAAUCUGGUGGUUUGUCUUCCAGCAGAGACGACCUGGUCCCAGAAUUCCCGAGGGAUCGAGCUAUGCCACCAUCGGCUUCAAGCAGAUCUGGCUCGCCUUGCGCAAGGUCCGGUCCUUGCCACAAACCUUCCUCUACUUCGUUGCAUACUUCCUCCUCGCAGACGGUCUCAAUACCACCGGCACCUUAAUUUCGAUCAUCCAAAACGACUUCGUCGCGUUCUCUUUCCUCCAAGUUACGUACCUGGGCAUAGCCCAAGCUGCAUGCUCAAUUGCUUCUACUUUCGGCUUCUGGUAUAUCCAGAAUUACUUCAAGAUCCGCACCAAACGUAUGUUUCUCAUCACGAACUUCUUUACUGUCCUCACCCCCUUUUGGGGGAUGCUAGGCUUAUGGACCAAGCGAAUUGGGUAUCAUCAUCGGUGGGAAUUUUAUCUCUACAACGUCAUUUUCGGUCUAUUUCAAGCACCUUACUACGCUUACGCCCAGACCAUGAUCAGCGAGCUUAUGCCGCCAGGCUACGACAACAUGUUUUUCGCCCUCUUCGGGAUCACCAAUCGCGCUUCCUCCAUUAUCGGCCCCAAUGUCGUGCAAGCCAUCAUCAACGACACUCAGAACAAUUGGAUGGGUUUCCCGUUCUUGUUUGCAAUAUGUGUCGCAGCCAUGGUGGCAAUUAUGUUUGUAGAUGUGGAGAAGGGAAGGGAGGAUGGGAGGAGGUUUGCGGAGGAGCAUGUUGCUGUUUCUCCGGGUUCGGGCGUGACGGAAGACGGAGAGGCAAGGCAGAGCGAAGAGCUGGGAGAGACAGUUAAGGGGCCCGCGGCUGUCAGUACCGAGAUUACUGGUGAAGCAAGUGGGAGUUCAAGGGUAUAG